GGGCCCAUAGCCGCCGAGGAGGGGACGCCAUGUGCCGGCCAGCUCUGACCAGGCUGCUGCUCUUCCACCUGCUGCUCGUCAAGAUGCACAUCGCCAAAGGCUCCGCCAAGGAGUGCGAAGAGGACCAGUUCCAGUGCCGGAAUGAGCGGUGCAUCCCUUCCAUUUGGAAAUGCGACGAGGAUGACGAUUGCUCAGAUAAUAGUGACGAGGCAGAUUGCCCCAAGAAGACCUGUGCAGAAAGUGAUUUCACUUGCAACAACGGCCACUGCAUUCCUUCCAGGUGGAAAUGUGAUGGUGAAGAGGAAUGCCCAGAUGGGUCUGAUGAAUCCGAAGCCUCAUGUACCAAACAAGUAUGCUUAGCUGAAAAAAUCAGCUGUGGAGACUCCAGCAACAAAUGCAUCCCAUCUUCAUGGAGGUGUGAUGGAGAAAAAGACUGUGAAAGUGGAAUUGAUGAGGCCGGGUGCACUAAUGUCUGUUCCCCUACUGAGUUCCAGUGCAGCAACAAGACCUGCAUAGCUACAAUUUUUGUCUGUGAUGGUGACGAUGACUGUGGUGAUGGCAGUGAUGAGAGGAAGUGCCCGCCCCUCACCUGCAACCCCAACGAGUUCCAGUGCAAUAACAGCCUGUGCAUCCCAGAGAUCUGGGUCUGUGACAAUCAGCCUGAUUGUGAGGACCAUUCCGAUGAGUCAACGGAGAAGUGUGGCUUCAAAGCCAAGCCGCAAGCCACGAGCACCUGUGCAGCUCACGAGUUCCGGUGCGGCAAUGGAGAAUGCAUCCAUCUGAACUGGAAAUGUGACGGAGAUGAGGACUGCAAAGACAAGUCGGACGAGCAAGAUUGUCCUCUGGUGACCUGCAGCCCUGAUGAGUUCCAGUGUGGCGAUGGGACUUGCAUCCAUGGAGCCAAACAGUGCAACAAAGUGCAUGACUGCCCUGACAACAGUGAUGAGGCUGGCUGCGUUAACGAAGCGGCGUGCGAGAAUCCCACCAAGUUUCAGUGUAAGAGUGGAGAGUGCAUAGAGGAAGUCAAGGUGUGCGAUUCGCACAGGGACUGCAGGGACUGGUCUGACGAGCCCCUGAAAGCAUGUGGAGUGAAUGAAUGUGCACUCAACAAUGGCGGCUGCUCCCACAUAUGCAGAGAUUUGAAGAUUGGCUAUGAGUGUGAGUGUCCUCCUGGAUACAAGCUUCUCGACAAGAAAACAUGUGGAGACAUAGAUGAAUGUGAGAAUCCCGACGCUUGUAGCCAGAUCUGCAUCAACUACAAGGGAGACUAUAAAUGUGAAUGCUAUGAGGGUUACGAGAUGGACACUCUGUCCAAAAACUGCAAAGCUGUAGGGAAGAGCCCGUAUUUGGUUUUCACAAAUCGCCAUGAAGUACGCAAGAUAGACUUGGUGAAAAGGGACUACUCUCGCAUCAUCCCCAUGCUGAAGAACGUGGUUGCUUUGGAUGUGGAGGUGGCAACAAACAGGAUAUACUGGUGUGAUUUAUUCUACAGGAAAAUAUACAGUGCCUACAUAGACAAAGCCAGCGACACAGCUGAGCAAAUGGUCCUAAUUGAUAGCCACUUGAACUCUCCUGAAGGCCUGGCAAUGGAUUGGGUUCACAAGAACAUCUACUGGACAGAUUCAGGAAACAAGACCAUUUCUGUCGCCACAGCUGAUGGGAGUAAGAGGAGGACACUUUUCAGUACUAACUUAAGUGAGCCCAGAGCCAUUGUGGUGGAUCCAACACGGGGAUUCAUGUAUUGGUCUGACUGGGGUGACAUAGCAAAAAUUGAGAAGUCUGGCUUGAACGGCGUAGAUCGGCAAGUGCUUGUGAUGGACAACAUUGAAUGGCCCAAUGGCAUCACACUAGAUUUGUUAAAUCAGCGCCUCUACUGGGUAGACUCCAAGUUGCACUUGCUUUCAAGCGUAGAUUUCAAUGGCAGCAACAGGAAAGUUCUCAUCUCUUCUGUGGAUGACCUCAGCCAUCCGUUUGGAUUAGCAGUCUUUGAGGAUAGGGUAUUCUGGACUGAUCUGGAGAAUGAAGCAAUCUUCAGUGCCAAUAGGCUGAAUGGUCUGGACAUCUCCAUUUUAGCAGAGAACCUCAAUAACCCUCAUGAUAUUGUAGUCUUUCAUGAGCUAAAGCAACCUAAAGCUCCAGAUGCUUGUGAGCUCAGUUCUCUGCCAAAUGGAGGUUGUGAAUACCUAUGUCUUCCUGCACCCCAAAUCUCUUCACAUUCUCCCAAGUAUACCUGUGUUUGUCCUGAUAAUAUGUGGUUGGGUCCCGACAUGAAAAAGUGCUAUAAAGAGCUUCCAACUACCUCAACUAAUGUGCCUACUACUCCUGCUACUACUGUUGCUACUGCUACAACUCACUUGUCCAAUUUUACUGCCAUCACUACGGUUGUUAUGACUACUACUACUACUACCACCACCAUUACAACUGGCAAUAACAGUAACGAUAGUACAGAAGGCCAAGAGACCACAUCGCGCAUCUUCCUGGGCACUACAAGCCUACAUUCACCCACAACCACAUCCAGUCUGGCAGACUCUAAGAUAACAACAACAGGAAACAGCAACCUCUCCCAACACUAUGCCAACAGUGGGCAAGGUUUUGGAUCAACUGUGAUGGCUGCCAUUAUUGGAAUUGUGGUUCCUGUUGUGGUGAUUGGUUUGUUGUGCAUGGGAGGGUAUCUCAUCUGGAGGAACUGGAAACGGAAAAACACGAAAAGCAUGAACUUUGAUAAUCCUGUGUACAGGAAAACUACAGAAGAGGAAGAUGAAGAUGAAAUCCAUAUUGGGAGAACAGCACAGAUUGGGCAUGUGUAUCCAGCACGUGUAGCAUUAAGCCUAGAAGACGAUGGGUUACCAUGAGGACCACACCUGCACCAACCCCACAGCCGGUGGAUUGAUAGAUAUGCACUGAACACGCCUGCUGUGGAUCACGGAGUCCACUUUCUUUUAUCUCCUUCUCUCCUUUAACAGUUUAUUUAUGUUGCAGAAGGGUAACCACAAAGUAAUAAUGAACUGCAAACAUCCAAAGGAUGUGAGAGUUUUGUAUGUAUAAUCUUUUAUACACCUUUUAAGCUUCUUGCACUAUCCAUCCAUAAUGGCGAGGAGGCUGCUCUACUGUGGGGCUACUAACUCGGUGUAUAGAACCAGCCAGACCCAAGGGUCGGUAGCAUAUGUGUCAUUUUUAAAAGCUAUAUUUAUAGAAAUUUUGUAAAUAUGUCGGACAUACUUUGUGGCUAUCCAUCAACAUAAGAAAGAAAAGGAAAAAAAGAGGUCUAUACAAGCCGUUUAGGAUAUUUAUUAACAAAUUCUGGAUAUAAGGUUUGUUCUGUACAUACACUUAGAGGAUGAGAGUAUUUAUUUUUUGUAUGCUUGGCUCGCUGUGCAUAGAUUACCUGUGUAUAUACCUAUCUACACUGGAUAGGUAUAUAGACAUACACAUAUAUAAAUAAGUAUAUAUAUAUAUAAAUAUAUAUAUAUGAAUAUAUUUUAGAAAGACUAGCCCAGCUUUAUGGGAAAUAGGGUAAUAAAAUUCUUAAGGGAUGUUUUGUGGAAGAUUUUGCUUUGAAAUCUAAAGCCUCUGAGUAAGGAUUACAGCUGUUAACAGUAGGAUAGUCCAUAACUGUCAAAGAAACAAAUGUGCCCCCAUAAUGAACAAACCAAAUUCUGUCCUGGCAGAUGAACCAGCUCAUGGCUUAGACGUCUUUGCACAAUUGUUGCACUCCAGGAAAUCCUCAUAGGCACAGGAAUUCUCACUCACACACAUGGUGAACCUCCCAAAUACGAUUCCCCAUUCAUUGUAAAUGGAGGGAACAGCUUUGCACAGAAAGGGCUGUGUCCUCUCUCCAAUGAAGUGAAUGGGGAAGCCCAGAACCUCAGCACAGACAUUGAGGGCAAUGCCUGCAAUCCCAAACCAUUAAUCUGACAUUAGCAAGUUUAGGGUGCUAAUCUUAGCAUCUUUUCAAAGAAGUCUCGUUAUGUUUAACUGAAUAUACUUCAAAGUGUGCACGUUUAGGAUUACGCUUAAUGGGGGUGAGUUGGGUUGCUCUGCCCCAUGGAUUAUUCUCAGUUUUGAUUUGGUUAUACCUCCCACCCCGCUUCAAAAAGCCAAUAGCACACAGGACAAAAAAGUCAAUGAUAAAGGUGACAGUGGUAUCCAGAGAGGUCAUCUGAACACUUUCCUAUGACAGAUUUCUGUAGCUUUUGAUCAUUAAGACAAAUGGCGCUGAGUAAUAUUAUUCUCUCAAGGGUAUGUCUACACCAGCACAACUUUACAUUGUUUUUUACUUCACUCUGAUUAGCUUUGUGCUUUGUUGUACUGGUCUUAAUUUGUACCCAUUUCCCUACAUUCAUGCAAUUCCUCAUGGAUUUCCUUUGUGGGGUGGUUUAAAACAUGGCAAAUUCAUGCUGCUAUAACAAUUCACCCUUGCACCCAUCUCUGUAACAAUAGCUUUAGUAUGAGGUGGUGGGAGAAACUUCAAUGCAGCCCUAUGCAUGUUUACUCGGAAGUAACUGAGCAAUCCUAAUUCCCAGUCUGCAUAAGUGGAGGGGUUUAGGGUGCAGCUUCCAUCUGCUGUGAUCAGUGAACCUGAGGUAUGUCUGUGAGAAUGUCAAGGAGCCUAGAUUAUUCAAAAACAGAAAUACCUUUUUUCUCUUUCUCAAAAUGGAAAUAAGAGAGGUAUAUAUGUGGGCAACAUUAACAAGGUACUAACCUGCAUGUGAAAAACACCUGUAGAGUGGAAUGCUAGCCAGGGUGCCAAGAUGCAAGCUAAGACAAAGGCAGAAGUUGCAGAAUGCAUGAAAAUAUGCUGGUGCAGACAUACAUCACACUUAAUCAUAGUUUAGCAUAAUGAGAACGAGCUGCAGCAAACCUCAGGCUCAUAUUCUUCCUUUCUCCUCCAGAGCAGCUGCUAGGAGGAGUUUGGAAGCUUUCACUUCUGGUUAUAAUUAAUCACAGUUUGGUGCAUCAACUGAACCGGGCCAACUGUGGUUAAUUUUAACUGUGGCUCUUUUGAAACAGCCAACUUCAAACCAUAGUUAACACUAACCAUAGUUUAGGGUGCAAAUGACACAGUGAACUGUUGCUCAUUGAAAUCAGAAGCAAAGGCUCCCAAGCUCCUCACAGCCACACUGGAGGCAGGGAAGCACUCAUACAUCCAAACAUGUUGAUCUGUUUUUAUACACACCCUGUGCUAAUUUCUGAAGACUGAUUCAUACUAUUAGCUUGUGCGUCGGGACUUCACUUUUUUCUGUGCAAUAUGCUGCAGCUUAUCUCGUCAUUGCUGUUGCUGUUUAUUGCAACAGUUAGUACUCAGAGUUUCUUCCUGCAAACCUUAUCAGUAGUUCCUCAAUGAGAAGAUCAGUAAGGACAAACUUUCCCUGAAAGGCAUCUUGGCCACCACUACUGAUGUUCCCCUGCAAUCCAUGGCUGUAGGGGAGCUUGGAAUGUGUCCUGGGAUGCAUUUUCAAUAGAUGGGCUGUGAGGACCAAAAAGAUCCAUGUGGUCUGAAUAUUCAUCCUUAAACAUGUCCCCAAAUCCCCUGCAACAAGCGUAAAGUUCCUCAGUAGACAAGUAAUUGCAAAGAGUUCAUUGAAGAAAGUUUGAAAAUUGUUGAGCUAGCAGAUAUGGGAAAGCAGAAAAUGUACUCCCCCAGAGUCCAGGACAGUCUGGCCGUGAUUCAGCCCAAGAUAAAAAUUUGUUAUCAUUAUCUUCCCUUCCCCCAAAUAGUUCAGGGCAACACAUGUGAGUCCCUCCUCCUUUUAUCUUCUCAGCAACCUUGUGAGGUAGGUUGGGCUGAGAGUGAGUGACAGGCCCAAGGUCACCCAGAAAGCUUUCUGACAACAGGAAUUUGAACCUUUGAGAUCUAAUUAAACUUUUGGCUGAAUAAUUUAUUACUUGUACCUCACCCAUCUGACUGGGUUGCCCCAGCCACUCUGGGCAGCUUCCAACAGAAUAUGAAAAACACAAGAAGACAUUAAAAACUUCCCGAUUCAGGGCUGUCUUCAGAUGUCUACAGAAAGCCAUACAAUUGUUGAAUUCAUAUAAUUCUGUAGCUGUCUACGGCCACUGAACCUCCAACCUGCAAUCAUUCUGGUUAUUUUCCCUGCGGUUACUCUCCUGCAGCUCCUGUAAAAUGCAAAGUUUCCAGUUCAUCUGUAGUCUUUUCAGACCGAUCCAUUAGCACAAGAAUCCCACUAGAACUGAACAGACAUUUUGUACUGCUUAGUAGUCUCAAGUUAACAUCAGUAACUUAAAACCCUGGAUUGACAUUAUGAAGGAAUCUCCAUCUUGCAGGAAACACUUAACAUGAUGCGGAAUCAGGCCUUUGAUUUAAAGUUUAAUCGUUAUGAAUAAAAAUUUGCUGUUUUUAUACUUGAGUCUAUUACAAAAUGUGACUGUUUGAUUUAUAAAGGCCACACUGUUGUUUCUAUAUCACUUUCAGAAAAUAAAUAAUUUUGCAAACAUAAUGGCCAACCCACUUUCAUAAAAGAAAUCCACUUGCACAAUGGAUACUUUUCUUAUGGAUUCUCUUAUCCUCCUUCUAGCCCCUUAUUUGUCCCAAAAAUUCUGCUCUGGAGGUCCACUACCUCUCCAGAGCAGAUUUUAGGGGACAUGCAAGGGGGAGUGAUGAGAAGAAGCAGCUCACUUCCACUAUGUUGGAUUUCACCUCAAGUGAUUAAGGGAUGACUUUUGUAUGUUAAGCAGCCAUUGCAGAUGAAGCCCAGCCGGCACGAUUUUCAUAUUGCUUUAUGCCACCUCAGACAAAAUGUCUCACAUGUUUCACUGCAGACACGACGUGAUGUAUGGAUAUAUUUAUGUGUGGACUCGGCAUAUUACACACUCGUGGUUUUUAUUUUUUCAAAAUCUACUGCAGGACACUUCCCAAACUAUUUGAUACUUGAAACUCAAGUUUGCAUUUUUUUCUCCAACAGAUGCUGGUCUAACAAGGCCUCUCUUCUCUACUUUUUGACUGCUUUUGGCAUACAUGACAGCUUGGCUUAGCAUGAUGUGCAUGAGCUGGAACAAACCCAAAUGAGCAGCAGGCUCACACACUCUCCCCUCUCUUCCACCAGUGUGGCUGUGAAGAAGA